CUGACCAACCCCCAGUUUCUGUUCCACAGGCUGCAAAUGUCAGGAAACCCUAAAAGGAUUUAUACUGAGUGUGGUAUUACAUGAAACUAUGUGAUGCUUUUGCAGGGUGAUGUUAGGUCUGAAUUUUUCUCUCUGAGACUGCAAAAUACAUAAUUUCUUCACUUUUCCAAUUCUUUGACUGUUAUCAUCUCUACAAGCACAGACUCCAGCUCAGGAAGUGGAUGCAAAGAUGACGGCAAAGUACAGUUCCCCUAUGGUGUCCAACAUGGACAUGGAAGACGGCAAAAUCAGCUAUAACCAGCUUUUAGUGGACGAGGACAAGCUCCACUCUUCAGUUCGUGCGUUGAGAAACAGCCCUUACAGGAUUGCUACAGUUUGCCUCGCACUCCUGUGUGUUCUCCUAUUGGCUGUUGCCAUAGGUCAGAGUGUCCACUACCACAAAGUACAGCAAGACCAUAACAACAACCUAACAGCCAUAACAGCCAAAGACUUGUUACAACAGCAAUUAGAUUCAGUGGUCAAACACAAAAAUGAGUUACAGGCCAAUUAUAACUCAGUGAUCAAUGAGAGAAACAAUUUACAGAACAAACUCAAUAAUGUAACCAGAUCAAAAGAGAAGCUGCAGAUGAGUUACAAUGACUUGAUUAAGGAUGUGGAACAUUUACAGGACAGAUACAACUUUUCUAACAGUGAAAAAGACAAGCUAGAAAGCCGUCACCAAAACCUGACGAUAGAAAAAGACACCAUACAGGCCAUGCUCAACACACUUAGAAAGGCAACAGAUGAGUUGCGGGCUAGUCACGCGUCCUUGGAUCAGGAAAAAAAAGAGCUUGAAAUCAGUUGCAGAAAUGUGACUGCGGAGAGAGACCUGCUGAAGGUGAAAACUGACACCCUGACUGCUGAGAGAGAUAACCUACAGGAGGAAGUUGAGAAACUGAAUGCAACAAUUCAAGGUAAGACGUGUCCCACUGGCUGGCAGAAGUUUCAGUGCAGCUGCUAUUUCACUUCUGUUGCCACGAAAACCUGGUUGAAGAGCGGAGAAGACUGUCAAAGCAGAGGAGCAGACCUGGCAAUCAUAACAAGCCAAGAUGAAAUGAGCUUCAUCAACGGCUUGUAUGGGAGUGACAAAGAAGUCUGGAUUGGAUUGACCGACGAAGGAGUAGAAGGACACUGGAAAUGGGUAGACGGGACACCACUGACCACAGCGUUCUGGAGUAAAGGCCAGCCCAACAGCUAUGACGGGAGGAACCAGGACUGUGUGGAGUUCUGGCACCGUGCGACAGGAAGAGGUGACUGGAAUGAUGAGAACUGUAAUGUAGAACAAAACUGGAUCUGUGAGAAAUAGUUUUCCUGUACAGGGAGGGCCAGAGCCAGCUGGUGCUGGAUCAGAUACAGAAAGAUGUAGAUUUUUGCUCCAGCUUUGGUUAAAGGAGGGACUGAUUUCCAUAGAUUUCCAUAGAUAUCUUUAUGUACUGUAAAAACAGCUCUGUGUAAUAGCAAUGCAGUGUAAUAAGUAAUUUGUGCCUCUGAUGAUAAAACAUCCACUAACUGAUUUUUCUAAAGAACGGAAAGACGGCUGAUGUAUAAUUCACUGUGUAAGGACACUUUCAGAUUGUGUAAAGCUUAUUUACUGCUGUGAUUAGUUGAGACAAUGAUUAGUUAAUACAUUUACUAAGAGCUGUACUCACUGUGUGAUCAGGAGGGCACUAACACACACAGUGUAAGUGGUUCACAGUGAAUCAGGGGAAAUGGUCUCAGCAAUACACAUACUAUAUUACUACUGUAUUAUUAAUAUCCAUUGAAUUGAAGCUUUUACUACUGAAAUCAACAUGUGAUAAAACAAUGUAUUUUAUUGUGCUUACAAUUCAAGUAAUUUAAUAAACUCAUUUUAUGUCCAAAAUAAACUGAACUAAAUAAU